AUGUACUCGAGUCGUCCGCAGCCGCUUUUCCAGAGGAAGACUUGCAGACGCUUUCCCAGUGAGGUUCCUUGCUGCGUGCCUCUGCGUGUAGCAAUUGGAAUUCCACUGUCUACCAGAAGGCGUCACCAGUUCAAGUCCUCGGCUGCCAACUAUGUCACUUCUAAUGGCUUCGGGGAGUUACUGCGUAGAGAGCUUAAAGGAACACGAACAGCGAAAAGAAUUUUCUCACGUCAUGAGCAACUUGAGGACCAUAAAAUCUACCCAGGUUAA